AUGCGCAACUUGUAGGGGUACUACAAUAUGGCGGCGUCUCGUUACAAUGUAGAUGUAGCCUAAGCUAACUUAUAGUUUGCAAAUUACUCGUAAACACGCGUGUUAAAACCCAGCAGAAAACGUUACUUUUACAUUUAAAGUUGAUUUAUUAACGGUACGGUUGCUGUGUAAACGGGCUUGAAUCCGGGACAAUGAGUUACACCACGAAGGUGGUCCAGGUGACGAAUGUGUCUCCUAGCACAACAUCAGAGCAGAUGAGAACACUGUUCGGCUUUCUGGGAACCAUCGAGGAACUAAAGUUAUUUCCACCAGAUGAUUCUCAAAUGCCCGUGACGUCGCGGGUGUGCUUUGUGAAGUUCCAUGAGCCGGAGUCUGUCGGAGUGUCUCAACAUCUGACUAACACCGUGUUUGUGGACAGAGCAUUGAUCGUGGUGCCGUUUGCAGAAGGAUCUAUUCCAGAUGAGGCCAAAGCUUUGUCACUGAUGGCGCCAGCUAACGCUGUUGCUGGAAUGCUUCCAGGAGGAGGGCUUCUUCCCACACCCAAUCCCAUGCCCAAUCCAACUAUGGGAGGGAACCCGUUCGGUGCUCCAAACAUGGAUAUGAUGGCUCUAUUUGGGUUCGGUGGACCGAAUAUGAAUCCUCAGGCUACCGAUCAGCUAUUGAAGCUCAUGACAGAUCCAAAACUGAAUCCUCUGGCUGCAGGCUUGAACCUGAGUGCAAGCCUGAAGGCUGAUGCAUCUAACAAAGAAAUCGAAGAGGCCAUGAAGAGAGUCCGAGAGGCCCAGUCGCUAAUUUCUGCUGCUAUUGAACCUGGAAGUAAGGACAGCAAAAAGAGGCGCUCUCGCUCCAGGUCCAGGUCCAGGAGAAAGAGAUCCAGCUCACAUUCACGACACAGGCGAUCCGGGAGCAGAUCACGACGACGGUCAAUUUCCAAAGGCAGGCGGCGCUCAAAAAGCCCACGCAGGAAACGCACCCACUCCAGAGACCGAGGCAGGGGAUCUCCAAGCAGAUCCAGAGACAGAAAGAAAGAAGAUUCUGGGAGAAGAAGAUCCAAAACGCCACCUAAGAGCUACAGCACAGCUAGGAGGUCACGCAGCGGGAGCAGGAGACGCAAGAAAAGUCGAAGCGUCAGUCCAUCUCCCAAAAAGAAGAUCACCAAGUCUCCAUCUCCACGAAGGCACAAGAAGGACAAGAAAAGGGAUAAGGAAAGGGACAGGGACCGCAGGAGUGACAAAGACCGCAGCAACGAUGAACGUGAACGCUCCACCAGCAAGAAAAAGAAAAGUAAAGACAAAGAGAGGGAGAAGGAGAGGGAGAGAGAGAGGGAGAGGGAGAGAAAAUCAGAUGGCGAUAAAGCAGAUGUCAAGGUUACCAGGGAUUACGAUGAAGAAGAACAAGGCUACGAUAGUGAGAAAGAGCGCGAGGAAAGGAAGGAUUCGGAUGAUUCGGCUUUGUCUCCUCAGUCUGAAGAAGGUAACGGCACAGCGCGGCUUGUGAAGACGGCCAAAGUUAACGGAGCCACUGAUCACCAUGAAGAAGACAUGGAUGUAAGCGAUUAAGUUGUCUGUCCUGCUUUUACCUUCUUAAUCCCUCCAUUUCUGUUUGAACAUGCUCAACUUUUUCCAAUCCGGGGUAAUGCUACAAAUCUAAAGUGAGUGUUACAUGAAUUCUUUUUUUUUCUGUUGUUGCAAAAAUUCAAUGCAGAAGUGUUGUGUUUGCUUCGAUGAUUCCCAAAGACGUCACAUCGCUUGAAAGCUCCCGUAUGCUUGUUGCCUCAUUCAUUGUAAUCAGUUAAAACUGGAAGGAGGCUGGCUUUGCUUUCUCACACUUGUGUUGUUGUUUUUUUUUCCACAUACUGUAGCUUUUACAUAUUUGUUAGGUUUUGUGGUGUGUUGCUCAGGCCUCUUCUUCACCUCUUUGAAACAGUUAAUGUGUUUAUUUUUUAUUUGGACAUGUCGUUUUAUCAAGGGUUUCUUUUUAUAAUAAAGCCUAUUUGGAGAACUGUGA